UGCUGGGAAAUUACAACCGUCGACUGUCCGCCAUCUUUCUUCUCACCGAAGCUAGGAGGGCAAAAUAACAAGCACAUUUUAAUGAUUCUCUUAACAGAAUAAAGUUAUUUGCUUAGUAAACUGGCCCGAUUGAAUUCACGGCAGCUGUAGACAAGGAUCAGCGGGUUAUCUCGGUCGUGAGCCGCUCAGAGUCUUGUGAACAGCGGCGCCCGGAGCCCGUCAACAUGGGCCGCUCGCGAAGCCGCAGCACGUCCCGGUCCAAACCCUCCAAGAGCAGCAAACACAGCAAGAAGCGCAGCCGAUCACGGUCCAGAUCCAGGGACCGGGAGCGCUCCAAGAAGAGGUCCAAGUCCCGGGAGUCGAAGAGGAACCGCCGCCGGGAAUCGCGCUCCCGAUCCCGCUCCAACACCGCCUCGUCCCGCAGAGAGAGAGCCGCCUCACCGCCCGAGCGCAUCGACAUCUUCGGCCGGACCCUGAGCAAGAGGAACGCCCUGGACGAGAAGCAGAAGAAGGAGGAAGAGGAGAGGAAGGCGGAGAUGGAGCGACAGAGGAAAAUUCGGCAGCAGGAGAUCGAGGAGAAGCUGAUUGAGGAGGAGACGGCGCGGCGUGUGGAGGAGCUGGUGGCCAAACGUGUGGAGGAGGAGCUGGAGAAACGCAAAGACGAGAUCGAGCGCGAGGUUCUGCGGCGCGUGGAGGAGGCCAAGCGCAUCAUGGAGCGGCAGCUGCUGGAGGAGCUGGAGAGGCAGAGGCAGGCCGAGCUGGCCGCGCAGAAGGCCAGAGAGGAGGAAGAAAAAUCCAAGCGGGAGGAGUUGGAAAAAAUCCUGGAAGAGAAUAACCGCAAGAUCGCAGAAGCUCAGGCCAAACUGGCCGAGGACCAAUUGCGAAUUGUGGAGGAGCAGAGAAAGAUCCACGAGGAGCGCAUGAAGCUGGAGCAGGACCGGCAACGGCAGCAGAAGGAGGAGCAGAAAAUCAUCCUGGGCAAAGGCAAGUCCAGGCCCAAGCUCUCCUUCUCGCUCAAAGCCACCGAGUGACCGCUAACCUGCGCCCCAAAAAAAAGUGACGCGUAACCCCCCCUCCUCCCUCCAGCCCUCCUCCAGCUCUCCUCCUCUGUGGACCGCACGCUUCGUUCUUGGAAGUGUUACCGAGUAAAAACGAAAAAGGAAAACAAAAAAAAGGAAAGGCCACCCUUCUCCGCCGACCUCCACAUCGCAGCGGUUUUAUUUUUCAUUUUUUAGGGAUGAACUUGUUUUUUUUCCGUGUAGAAAGCUUGUCCGAUUUUGAGUCUUAACAAAAGCGAACUGUAUGCCUUUUUACAUGUCUCUGCAGCCAGCGUGAACUUUAAAAAAAAUCGGUCCUUUAUUUUUAGGAGAUGUAGGACGCGAAAAUGUGCAUAGGCUUGCUGUCAGUUAGCGGUUUUCAUGGUCAGCUUGGGAGUUGGCCCGUGGGUUUCCUGUUUUUCGCUUCUUUUCAAAAUAAGAGCUCCUAGAUCGGUGACGAUAUGUUCAAAAGCACACUUCAAAUCUCUUCCUUUAACAGUCGCUGCUGCUUUUCUUGGUUUUUAAAAGCGCAUUUUUCGUUACGGCACGGCUCCAAAAGUCGACAAAAAAACGCCAACCCAACUCCCAACCUGCCGAACGUAUUCGAAAGAGAACGGACUUUCUUUGUAUGUCAUGCUGUAACUGUCAGAAACCACAAAUCUCCUCCUCCUUGUCACAGGGUUUAGAUCCUAGAACAUGAAUGCUAACUAUUUUCAUUUUUAAGAGGUUCAAUUUGGUACAAAAAUCAAGUCAAAAUACGAAAGUUGUGUUUUUUCUGUCCCUGAAAAUUUGAUGUAGUAAUGGAAUAUGGCGUCUUCGCUUGGUAAGUGUUGGAUGCACAGGUCCAGGUAAGAAGCUUGGGGUCAUGAAUGGAAGGAUGAGCGAAUGAAACGAAUAGUUGCGUAUUUGUGUGUGUGAACGUGUGUGCGCGCGUGCGUGUGUGUAAUAUAUGACCUCAGGCCGGUGUACUGAAACUGUCCUUGUUGUGGGAUUUUGUCGUGUAAUUUUCCCAAGUUGUCAAGGGACUGAAUAAACCCACUGAAUGCCUCAA